AUGAACAAACUUUUAUCAAUUAUUUAUGUUGUUCUUUUUCUCUCGGCUACAUUAGCUGAGAAAUCAAAGACUGAACAAGCUGCUGAAACUGCUGCCGAAUACAAAGAUAAAGUUGUUGAAAAAGUAAAAGAUGCAGCUAGUACAGCAUAUGAUACUGUUUCACCUAAAGUUGCUGAAGGUACUGAAUAUAUUAAAGACAAAGCUGCUGAGAGUGCUGAAUAUCUGAAAGAUAAAGCCAGUGAAGCAUAUGAUGCUCUCAAACCAAAAGUAGUCGAUGGUGCAGAAUAUUUAAAAGAUAAAGCAGAAGAAGCCUAUGAAGCUGGAAGUAAACGUGCUGAUGAAUAUGCUGAUGUUGCAAAAGAAAAAUUAGCAAAAGUUGCUGAAGACGUUAAAGCUUCAGCUCAAAAUUUUGCUGCUGACUCAGCUAAAGCUAGUCAAGAAUAUGCUCAAGAAGGUUUGAAACAAGGUCAAAAAUUAAGUGAACAAGCUUUUGAACUUGGAAAAGAUAAAGCUAAUGAAGCAUUGAAAGCUGCGCAAAAGUCAGGUGCAGAUGCAUAUGAAGCUACACUUGAAUAUGGUGCUGAUGGUGUUAAAAAAGGUCGAAAAUUGGCUGAACAAACUGUUGAGUUAGGAAGAGAUAAAGCUAAUGAAGCUUUGAAAGCAGGUCGACACGCUGGUGAAGACGCUCUUGAAGCAACUAAAGAAUAUGCUCAAGAAUCGAAAAAGCAAACGAAGAAAAAAGUUACCGAAGCUGUUGAAGAAAAGAGUGAAGCAAUACAAAAAGCAAAAAGAAAAUCGACCGAAUUUUAA